UGAAAGCGGAAGUAGGAGUGUGUCGGCCCGAAAAUAAAGACAGUCGGAGUGAUCGUCCUGAUGUCCCGGAAGCCCUGACGGUGAGAAAUGGGGGGCAGCAACAGCGCGCGCCGUGUGUCCUUCGAGACCGAUGAGAACGAGAACGUGACGGUGGUGAAGGGCGUCAGGCUCUCCGAGAAUGUCAUCAAUCGCAUGCGAGAAUCCUCAAAACCACGACCUUCUCCACCUCAGGCCAAAGUGGAAACCCCGCCCACCUCGGCGCCGAGCCGUCCUGCAUUUGACCCCGUCACAUCUUGGAUCCCUGAAUCUGUGGCGCCGCCUUCUUCACCUCCUCCCUCAACACCUGUCGUGGAUGAGUCAGAGCUGAGACGCAAGAUCACUGAAGAAGUGCAGAAAGGUCUGGAAGAGGAGAGGAGCAAGAAGCAAUACGAGCUCCAUCAGUGGUUGGAGAAAGAGCGUGCCCGGGUGAAAUCCCAGGCCCAGGCAGAUGCUCGGGCCCACGUGCAGGACGAGGUGAGCAGGAUCCUGGCCUCGGAGAGAGCGGCCACUCUGGACAGCGUGCAGAGAGCCAUACUCCGAGAGAGGAUCACUGCCGAGGAGGAGCGACUCCGAAUGAAGCUCUUGGUUAAGCAGUUGGAGGAACGUGAGCAGCAGCUGAAGAAGCAGGACGCCUUCUACAGAGAGCAGCUGAGGAAACUGGAGGAACGGAGCGCCCAGAUUUACAAGGUCACCAAUGAGAACUAUCACAAAGCUGCCGACGAGGUGAACGCUAAAUUUAGGCGGUAUGAAAUUAGUCCUGUGUGUGCCGAGCUGCAGGGUCACGUUCUGCAGUGCUACAGAGAGAACGCUGGGAAAACACUCCAGUGCUCCAGUCUCGCCUCUCUCUACCUGCAGUGUGUCAACAGCGCGAAACAGAGCAAGUUGAGAACCGGAGGCUAGCGCUGAGGAGCGAAAGAGAAGUGAGCCGUGUGUGUGGCGUCACUUUUCAUGAAAGUUUGUCAAGAAGAGCAGAGACCAUAGAGCACUGUACAGAUACACACCUGAUUCAGAGGAACAGUAUGGAAAACUGGAUCGACACUCCUUCUCUCUCUCUUUCUCUCUCUCUCCUGUCUUAAUGAAGAGGCCAUGUUUCACUUCUACGGAGUAACACAGUGUUACAGGUACGAGAACCAACAGCAGUGUAGAUGAUGUGCCAAACACCAAAAAGCCAAGCGAGUGCCUCAGGGGAAUAAAACACAGCUUUAUAAAAAUAAAUAAAUAAAUGGUAGCGGUUAGCGAAGCUGGAAAUGGUUUGUCUAAACACUGUUAUUGUGUAAUUACACUAAAACUUCACAUUGAUUUGCGUUUUGUUUGAUUUGUGUAGUAAAGCAAAAGUUUUGGCGCCCCAUACACACAAACUGCUCCUCACAUACUCAUGUAGGUUAACACACUUCUGUCCUCAUCAGGCUGAACCCAGGCUUCUGUUGUACAACUGUUCAUCAUAUCUGUGUGUGUGUGUACACAAUGCUUAUGUAUGUUUCUGCUUUAUUUUUGCUUUUUAUCUGCACAAAGACAGUGUGAUCUGUCCGGGAGAAUAAAAAGCUCAAACUGCAAACCUGAA